UGAAAUUUAAUUCUUAACACUUGAUUUUCAUUUCUCUGUCUUCUUAAGUUUGGUGUCUUUUGUACUAUAGACAAGAAGGCAUUGGAAAAUUUGGGAAUAAUUUAUUACAGUUUUAAGGAUUAUUAAACUUUAACAUUACCACCAAAUUCAAUAACUUGACCAGCAGCUAGUUGGGUUAAUGGGAUUUGUUGCAGAAGUCACCUAAUUAACAAACCAAACCAUUUGUCCGUCGCUAUAAAAUGACUAUCUCUUGCAUAUCCAAUCAAAACAUUGUUUACUAUCCUUUUUCGCAAUAUCAUUUUCGUAUUCUCAACAGUUUCAAGGGAAAUCUCAAAGGCACGAUGAUGGUUUCCAGUCUUCCACCUUAUUCAUCAGCAUUUUUCAGAGCUGUUUUGCUUGCAUUGUCUGUUCUGUGGUUAUUACCAGAGAUGGCAUUUGCAAAGCAUGCAGCUAUUACCAGGCACUACAAGUUUGAUAUCAAGAUGCAAAAUGUGACAAGAUUGUGCCAAACAAAGAACAUUGUGACAAUCAAUGGCCAGUUUCCAGGGCCUCGGAUCAUAGCAAGGGAAGGUGAUCGUCUUGUUGUCAAAGUGGUUAAUCAUGUUCAAUACAAUGUCUCUCUUCAUUGGCAUGGAGUAAGGCAACUAAGGAGCGGUUGGGCGGAUGGACCUGCGUAUGUCACACAGUGCCCCAUUCAAACAGGACAGUCCUACGUAUACAACUUCACCGUCACAGGCCAAAGGGGAACAUUGUUUUGGCAUGCUCACAUUUCUUGGCUCAGAGUAACUGUUUAUGGCCCCAUUGUCAUCCUCCCCAAGCGACAUGCCUCUUACCCAUUUCCCCAGCCCUUCAGAGAAGUUCCCAUAAUUUUUGGAGAAUGGUGGAAAGCAGACACGGAGACAAUUAUCAGCCAGGCCCUGCAAACUGGAGGUGCACCAAAUAUCUCUGAUGCCUAUACCAUUAAUGGCCUGCCAGGUCCCUCGUACAACUGCUCAGCAAAAGAUAUAUUCAAGCUCAAGGUGAAGCCUGGUAAAACCUAUCUCCUCCGUCUGAUCAAUGCUGCACUCAACGACGAGCUCUUUUUCAGCAUUGCAAACCACACCCUGACCGUGGUGGAAGCCGAUGCAAUCUAUGUCAAACCCUUCAAAACACAAAUUGCACUCAUCAGCCCAGGUCAAACCACUAAUGUUCUUCUCAGGGCCAAAUCUAAGGUUCCCAGCACCACCUUUGCUAUGUCAGCUAGGCCGUACGCCACUGGCCCUGCCGCCUUUGACAACACCACAACAACCGGAAUUCUAGAAUAUGAGAAAUCUUCUUCAGCCUCAAACUCUACGAUUAAGAAACUCCCUCUUCUAAAAGCAGCACUUCCAAAGUUUAAUGACUCAACUUUUGCCAUGAAAUUCAACAAGAAAAUCCGUAGCUUGGCCAGUGCCAAAUUCCCAGCAAAUGUCCCUAAAAAGGUUGAUAGACGCUUCUUUUUCACAGUUGGGCUCGGGACACUUCCAUGCCCACAAAACCAAGCGUGCCAAGGUCCCAACAAUACCAAACUAGCAGCUUCAGUUAACAAUGUGUCGUUUGUUCAACCAAACAUUGCACUUCUUCAAGCUCACUUCUUUAACAAAGCAAAGGGCGUGUUCACCAGUGAUUUCCCUGCCAACCCUCUAAUCAAGUUUAACUACACAGGCACACCACCAAGAAACAUUAUGGUAAAAAAUGACACCAAAGUUGUGGUUCUACCCUUUAACACUAGCGUGGAGUUGGUGAUGCAGGACACUAGCAUAAUCGGAGCAGAAAGCCACCCUCUGCACCUUCAUGGGUUUAAUUUCUUUAUGGUAGGUCAGGGCAUUGGCAACUUCAACCCCAACAACGACCCUGCAAAGUUUAACCUUGUUGACCCUGCAGAGAGAAACACAGUGGGGGUACCCUCUGGUGGAUGGGUCGCCAUUCGAUUCCUUGCAGAUAACCCAGGAGUUUGGUUUAUGCAUUGCCAUUUGGAAGUGCACACCAGCUGGGGCUUGAAAAUGGCUUGGGUUGUGAACGACGGAAAGGGUCGCAAACAGAAGCUCCCACCACCACCUUCUGAUCUCCCUAAAUGCUAAAUUUUCACUAUCCACAUUUUUUUUUUCACUUCAAUUUGUCUGAUCUUUUAUUCUUUCUG